AUGGAGAAAGAGCGCUCGUUAGCUCUGCAGGCUCUAGCCGAGUCAACUUGCGACAACUUCAUUGUCCUGCUCAAAUCUGCGAAAGAACUCAAAUUUCGGGCAUUGUACGAAAGCCACGUGGAUCGAGACUUCGCUACUCGAAUCUUCUCGUUGCUGCCAAGUAAUUCAUCGAGAGCGCCACUGAAACUUGGAAGCAGCGAUAUGAUCUCACAGUUUUUUAAAUACAGCUCUGCAAAGAAACACUUCCAGUCCGUUCCUACAAGAUCAUUCACGGUGAAGACGGACGCCUGUGCAUUGACAGAUCAGGUCGUCUUUAAAGGAAAAACUGGAUCAGCAUUAGCUCGCUUGCUAUAA